AUGCCUUUGACGGGGCAAGAGGUCGCCAAGCACAGCACCCAGGAGGACUGCUGGGUGGUUGUGCACGGCAAAGCGUAUGAUGUGACCGAAUUCCUUCCAGAGCACCCCGGUGGAAUGAAGAUUAUCCUGAAAUAUGCCGGUAAAGAUGCUACAGAAGAGUUUGAGCCCAUUCACCCUCCAGAUACUCUAGACAAGUAUCUGGACAAGUCUAAACACUUGGGUGAUGUGGACAUGAACACGGUUGCCAAGGAGGAGAAGGAGGUGACCCCCGAGGAGAAGGAGCGCCUCAAGCUCAUCGAGACAAAACCGCUUCUCGACCAGUGCUACAACCUGAUGGACUUCGAGGCAGUCGCCCGGAGGAUCAUGAAGAAGACUGCGUGGGGCUACUACUCCAGUGCAGCCGACGACGAGAUCACACUUCGCGAGAAUCACGCUGCGUUCCACCGGAUAUGGUUUAGGCCGCAGAUUCUGGUCGAUGUUGAGAAAGUCGACUUCUCGACCACGAUGCUGGGCACCAAAGUGGACGUUCCGUUCUACGUCACAGCCACAGCGCUCGGAAAGCUGGGCAACCCGGAGGGCGAGGUGCUGCUGACGCGGGCGGCCAAGAAGCACAACGUGGUGCAGAUGAUCCCGACGCUGGCGUCGUGCUCAUUCGACGAGAUCAUGGACGCGGCGGAGGGCGACCAGGUGCAGUGGAUGCAGCUGUACGUCAACAAGGACCGGGAGAUCACGCGAAAGAUCGUGCAGCACGCCGAGGGCCGCGGGUGCAAGGCGCUCUUCAUCACGGUGGACGCGCCGCAGCUGGGGCGGCGGGAGAAGGACAUGCGCAGCAAGUUCGACGACCAGGGCAGCAACGUGCAGAGCGGGCAGCAGACGGACAACUCGCAGGGUGCGGCGCGGGCCAUCUCGUCCUUCAUCGACCCGGCGCUGUCGUGGAAGGACAUCCCGUGGUUCAAGAGCAUCACCAAGAUGCCCAUCAUCCUCAAGGGUGUGCAGCGGGUGGAGGACGUGCUGCGGGCCAUCGACGCGGGCGUGCAGGGGGUGGUGCUGUCGAACCACGGCGGGCGGCAGCUGGACUUUGCGCGGUCCGGGGUGGAGGUGCUGGCCGAGACGAUGCCGCGGCUGCGCGAGCUGGGGCUGCAGGACCGCAUCGAGGUGUUUGUGGACGGUGGCAUCCGGCGGGCGACGGACAUCAUCAAGGCGCUGUGCCUGGGGGCCAAGGGUGUGGGCAUCGGGCGGCCGUUCCUGUACGCCAUGUCGGCGUACGGCUUCGAGGGCGUGGACCGGGCCAUGCAGCUGCUGCGCGACGAGAUGGAGAUGAACAUGCGGCUGAUCGGCUGCACGAGUGUGGACCAGCUCAACCCGUCGCUCAUCGACACCAGGAGCCUGUUCAACCACGGCAACGGCACGCCGUCGGACAACCUGUCGUGGUCAACCUACGACCCGCUGGCCAACCCGCCGCAGAGGCCGAAGUUGUAG